ACAGCUGGACGCUGCUAGCUUUGUGAUGCUUUGCUUUCCACCCACACAGAUUCUAAAACACGCCACCCAUGUGUUCCAGGUGCAUGGGGUGGAAAAGAGCCCAGCUGUGGGAGAGAUUCCAACUGAACCCCAGCAGAAUCAGCAUCAGUCCAGAAUCCCUAAAAGGCAAAGGAGCAGGACCCCAGUGGCCCACCUGCCCAUAAAACCUCCAAGCUCAAACGGCCAGCGAGAUGUCCACGCCACCAUAGUCCACUGGAGUGCUGACCGAGGUCACCUUGCCCAGCUUCAGUACCAUGAUGGGCGGAUUCUGUUCCGAAAGCCCGGUCAGUACUACGUGUAUGCCCAAACCUGCUUUCGCUUCUACAAUGAGCCAGAGGUGAGCCUUCCGUCUCGUCCGGAGUCCUCCAACCUGGGCCAUCACGCGCUGCCCUCUCCCAGCCCGGUCCAGUUGAUCCAGUACAUUUUCCUGGAACGGCCCAAUCGUGGUUCCCCCCUCCGAUCGAGUGUGGUCAUGAAGACCGGUAGCACACACCGCUGGAGGCCCAGUGGCUAUCACAUGUCCUGCCAGCACCAGGGAGGCGUCGUGGCUCUGCGAGCAGGAGAUGGCCUCUACGUCAGCGUUUCCAAUGCCUGGAUGCUGGACCCUGAGGCAGAGGGCAGUUACUUUGGGGCGUUCAGGAUAGCCGAGUGAAGUGCGUAGCUGGGCGGAGGACAGACGGAACUGAGAGGAAACUGGACGUCUGGUCUGGACAUGUGCUGAUCCUUGUGAUGUGUAUGACUCCAACUUGAUUGCAUAAUGACAGUGGUAUCGAGAGACUGUAUGGAUAAACUGUGUGUGUGUGUGUGUGUGUGUGUGUGUGUGUGUGUCUGUGUCUGUGUCUGUGUGUUUG